AUGUUCCAAUCAACAUACACCACGCAUCAAUCUUACGAGAUUCCUUUUCUGCUGCUCCGCCGCGCUGCACUCGAGCGGCUGGCGGAAGAGACGAAGCGACUGGCGACCAACUCGCAACGGCUGGCUGAGUUCAACGCCGACCUCAGCAUGACGUCGGCCCAGUCUCGGGCUUCGCUGCGCAACCUGCACGACAUCCACCGCGCGCCCAAGUAG